AUGUCUAUUAAUUCUAAAGAAUUCAUUAAAGUUAACGGAACGCAAUUUAAGAAAAAUGAUAAAAGUUAUUACAUCAUCGGAGCAAAUUAUUGGCAGGCAAUGAAUUUAGGAGCAUCUGAAGGUGGGAACAAGUCAAGAGUACUCAAAGAUUUAAAGAUAUUAAAAGAAAAUGGGAUUAAUUGUGUUAGAAUUAUGGCGGGCAGUGAAGGACCUGAAGGAGAACCUUAUAGAAUGUAUCCUGCUUUAAUGAAUUCUCCUGGCGAUUAUAAUGAAAAUGUUUUCCAAGGUCUUGAUUGGUUUCUUGCUCAAUUAAAUCAAUUCAAUAUGACCGUAAUCAUGACAUUAUCAAAUUAUUGGCAUUGGUCAGGUGGAUUUGCACAAUAUGUUAACUGGGCCGAUCCAUCAAAAUCAAUUCCAUAUCCACCUGAUUAUUCAUCAUUUGAACGUUAUGCAGCACGUUUUUAUUCAGACUCAACGAUUUAUUCUACAACACAAGCUUAUUACCUCGCACACAUAAAGUCAGUAAUCACAAGAAAGAAUACUAUUACGGGUCAAUUAUAUAAAAAUGAUCCAAAUAUUUUUGCAUGGGAACUAGUUAAUGAACCACAAGCUAUUAACGUUGGCGACAACAGCCAUGAUAUUGUCUUUAAAUGGAUUGAUGAUACCGCUAAAUUUAUUAAAGAUUUGGAUGCAAAUCAUUUGAUUUCUACUGGUAGCGAAGGAAAAAAUGGUAAAGAUUGGUUUAUUACUAUGCAUAAAAGCCCGCAUGUUGAUUUUACCAGUGCUCACGUAUGGGUGGAAAAUUGGGGUUAUUACAAUUCAGAUGAUUCUUCAUUAGAGAAUUACCAAAAGGCUGAAACAUUCAUGUUAAAUUUCUUACAAAAUGUUAGCGAUUGGUCUACACAAACAUUAAAAAAACCCUUAUUAGUAGGAGAAUACGGCAUGGCAAGAGACGCUUGGUCAGGUGUAUCAAAAUAUUCACCUCUUGCAACCACAACUAAUAAAGAAAAAUAUUUUACUUCGUUAUCUAAUAAAAUAUUCGAAAUGGAAAAACAAAAUGCUUGUACUGGACAUGUGUUUUGGGCUUUUUCUGGUAUCGCAAGACCAAGUGAUCCUGCUCCCACUUGGAUCGGUGAUCCCCCACAUGAAUCACCAGGUUGGUAUUCUGUAUAUGAUUCCGAUAAAAAUGUUCUGAAUAUAUUUGCUAAGCAUGCUAAACAGGUAGCUGAAUUAUAUUAG